AUAUUCAGAUAUUCUAACUGUAACGCGUCAGUCAUAUAAAUUCAGGCUGUGUUUCUUUUUGGACGGAGGUGUUGGUGGGAAAAAAAUGGAGACAGAACCUAGACCUCGAGCAGUGUUCAUGGCCUUCGGCACUAAAGGCGACGUCUUUCCUCUUGCGGCUAUUGCCGCUGCUCUUGCAAAUGACCAGAAACACUACCAUGUGGUGUUCAUCAGCCAUGCAGAGCAUCAGAAUUUAAUCUAUCAUCUGAAAGCCAAAAAUGUUUCCUAUAUAUCAGUUUCAACUCCAUCAGUACUUUCUGCACAUCAGUUUGACGCCGUAUCAGAUGAUCCCAAGUCCCCAUCCUUUGCGAUGUACAAGAUGAAGAUUAAAACCGAACAUAAACAAGAGUGCUUAUCUGCUGUUGCAAAAGUUUUUGGAGAUGGUCCUUGCUUAAAGGGUGAUUUUAUUGUGAUCAAUUUCUUUGCCUUGGAAGGCUGGAGUAUUGCAGAAUUAUAUCAAAUACAAUGUGUGGUUGCUGCUCCUUAUGUUGUUCCCUAUAGCGCUCCUUCUUCAUUUGAACGCUGUUUCAAAAAGGAGUUCACUCUUUUAUACAAAUAUUUUCAUGAAGCUUAUGCUAAUGAUAUCUGCUGGAAUGAUGUUAUCCACUGGAUGUGGCCACUCUUCACGGAAGAAUGGGGUUCAUGGAGAAGUGAAUGUUUACAUCUAGGCUCUCUUCCUUUUACGGAUCCUGUAACCAAUCUACCAAUGUGGCACAUGAGGAAAAAAUCAUCAUUGCUGCUAUAUGGGUUCAGCAAGGAGAUUGUGGAAUGCCCGGGGUACUGGCCAUCAAAUGCUCAUGUGUGUGGAUUUUGGUUUCUACCUCUAGAAUGGCAAUUUUCGUGCAGUAGAUGCAGGGAAAUGCUGUCCUCAACUUCCUCUAAAUGCUUAAUCAAGAAAAGCGAGCUCUGUGCAAAUCAUGCUGAUUUACAAAGCUUUCUCAUGGAUGAAUCUAGUUCACGGUUAUCCAUUUUUAUUGGACUAAGUUCUAUUGGAAGCAUGGGCUUCAUUAGAAAUCCCGUGGCAUUUCUUUCAGUUCUUGAAGCUGUUAUAAAGAGCACAAGUUACAGAUUUAUCCUUUUCUCAGCAGGAUAUGAGCCAUUAGAUGCUGCCAUACGUUUAUUUUCUGGCACCUCACCAAGUUCAGAGAAUCUAUCCAAUCCAAAUUGUGGGAAAGAUUGCAGACUUAUUUUUAGUGAUAGGCUCCUUUGUUUUUCUGGAACCGCUCCAUACAUCUGGCUGUUCCCAAGGUGUGCAGCUGUAGUUCAUCAUGGAGGCAGCGGAACCACUGCUGCAGCACUUCAUGCUGGUGUUCCCCAGAUCCUCUGUCCUUUCAUACUAGAUCAGUUUUAUUGGGCUGAGAGAUUAUGUUGGUUGGGAGUUGCACCAGAGCCAUUAGAGAGACAAAAUCUUGUUCCAGAUAACAAUGAUGCCACAAGCGUCAAGAAAGCUGCAGAUAAGUUAACCAAGGCUAUAAAUUUGGCCUUAUCUUCCACAAUGAAGGAGCAAGCACUGAAGAUUGCUGAAAGUUUAUCAGUUGAGGAUGGUGUUGCAGAGGCUCUCAGGAUCCUCAGGGAACAGGUGAUUAAUCCGGCUAGAGAUGGAAUAAUCUGUCAUAAUCAAGGGGGGCCUAAAUGCAGUGAAAGUCUGACAAAGCAAUGAACAUUUCAAAGCAACUGCUGGAGAUAUAUAUGAUGUAAGAGAUGUUGAUGCUUGUAUUUAACUGAAGUGUCGGUUGUAUGUUUAUUGCUUUUUGAAUGAUUUAGGUCUCGUUUGGGACGUCUUUCUUACUACUUUUUAAAGCAAUUUUUUAGUAAACGAAGUCUUAAUUUGAACUCAUAGGCUCCGUUCGGAAUA